GACGGUCUAAGUUUCUUUUGGUUUUAUUUUGAUUUCUUUCAUAGGAGUCAUGAAGUCCAUCCAUGGAGCUCCAAAGCUGAACAAGCCCAAGGUUGUGUUUAUCAUGGGAGCAACAGGAACCGGAAAAACCAAGCUCUCCAUCGAUCUCGCGAUCCAUUUUCAAACCGAGAUAAUCAAUUCCGACAAAAUCCAGGUGUACAAGGGGCUCGAUGUCGUCACCAACAAGGUCACCGAGCUCGAGCGCCGAGGUGUGCCGCACCACCUCUUAGGAGUGAUCGACGACCCCGAUGUCGACUUCUCGGUGCACGAUUUCUGCCGCGACGCGUUGAUCGCCAUCAAGCAGAUAACGGAACGCGGAUGUGUCGCGAUCGUUGCCGGGGGAUCGAACUCCUUUAUCGAGGUGCUCGUGGAGGACCCGACGCUUAACUUCAGGUCCAUUUACGAUUGUUGUUUCAUCUGGUUGGAUGUGUUGCCGCCCGUAUUGAAUGCCCGAGUGUCGAAACGGGUGGACGAGAUGGUUGCCGGAGGCCUAAUAGACGAGGUGCGAGGAAUUUUCAUCCCGCAAGCCGACUACUUGAGCGGCAUCCGCCGUGCCAUUGGAGUCCCGGAGAUGGACCGUUUCUUGAGAGUUGAGAAUCACAUGAUCGACGACGGGAUACCAAAGGAGGUUCUGCUCGAUGAGGCCAUCAACGAGAUCAAGGUCAACACUUUCGAGUUAACCUGUCGCCAAGUCGAGAAGAUCCGGAAGCUCAUUGAAGAGCGUGGGUGGAACAUCCGCCGCAUCGACGCGACCGGGGUCUUCGAGUGUCCAGGGAAAGAUGUUGAGAAGGCAUGGGAGAGCUUGGUGCUGGAGCCAAGCUUGGCAAUAGUAGGAGACUUCCUCAACGGCCAAGAGAAAGCAUUUAGUACUACGCCUGAUCAAUUUCCCGCAGCCUUGCCUCAAGUUCGCGUGGAGAUGUGCGCGACUAAUUAGAGAGUUAUAUAAUAUUAUCGUGAUCGAAGGUACAAUUUUCAUGCGAGUGCGAUUACCUGGGAUCACCUAAAGUAUGUAGUUUUUAAUUUCCCUUGCAAAUGGCUAUCAUACAUCCGGAAUAAUGUAAAGAGAUAUAUCUCUCUAUUUCCCAACUUUUAUCCAUAAAUAAAGUCUAUGUGUCUCAGAAUGUA